CCAAGAAUGAGUUUUUUGAUGAGAAAUGCUACCAGCUUAAAGGAAAAUGCAUGCGUCAUUGUCAGAAAAAUGAAGAGCUUGUGGCUCUGUGCCAGAAGUCCCUGAAAUGCUGUCUGACGCUCCAACCCUGUGGGAAGAUUAGAUUGGAUGACUGA